AUGGCUACCAGAGAGAUUUCUCAGGGACGAGCUCAGGAUUCGAUGGUAAAGAUUAUGAACAAGAAAGUUACGAAGAAAGGAGAGGAAGACGAGAGGCAGAAAUCUAUUGAGACCAGGCCAGAGAAGAGGGCAAAAACUGUUACGGAAUCAAGAGAAAGAUUCGAAGAUGUAGAGAAGAGUGUGCCUUAUCAAGACAAGCUGCAGAAACAAAGCACCGAUGAAACAGAGGCUAAUGAUGAACAAAACAUGGAGCAACAGAAAGAUACUAAGAAGAAGGAGAAGGAUGUUCGUUUCAGACUUGAGCAUUUUUAUAAUCGACAACGGACGAAGAAGCAGCGUAUCCAGGUACAACAACAAGAGAUGAAACUCCCACAAGAACCUGCUCAACAGCAGCCGUUAGCUUCUCAUUUCCAUCUCUAUCCAGUAAGAAAUCUACUGAUGAAUCAGUUUCUUCUCUUACAUGGGAUUCCUUGGGGUAUAAGUAACGUUAGGUAUUCCCAGUUGGUGGAGAAAUUGGCUAAUGCAGUUGAAACUGGAACACGAGAUCAGAACUAUAAUGCCCUGUAUGUUGAUGGGCAGAAGCGAAAACUAGAAGACACUGCGAAGUUGGAUCAACAGAUAAGGGAGUUGAUUGUGGAAUACAGAAAAUCUAUUGAAGACAUCUUGAAGAUAGAGCCGUACUAUUCUACCAAGAUGCUUUGGAUUACUCAUCUGCAACUUAUCUGCUAA